AUGAGUGAAGAACAGGACCCUUUGUUGGCCGCUUUGAACGAGAAUGACGCUCGUGGUGAUGCUGAAACACAACAAGCUCCUGUAGACGAAGAAAGGGAAAGGGCUCUGAUACAAUUCAAGAAUAAGCUCCUUGAACAUCGUGAUUGGGAGUCCAAGCUUAGAGAAAUGAGAUUGGGUAUACGAGGACUGGAGAAGGAUUUUCAGAAGACAGAAGAUGAUAUCAAAGCUUUACAAAGUGUGGGACAACUGAUUGGAGAGGUUUUAAAGCAGCUGACAGAAGAAAAAUUCAUUGUUAAAACUUCAGCUGGUCCUAGAUACAUUGUUGGUUGUAGAAGUACGAUAAACAGAGAGAGUUUGAAACAGGGGGUGCGUGUUGCACUGGAUAUGACUACACUAACCAUCAUGCGUAUAUUACCAAGAGAAGUUGAUCCGCUGGUGUAUAACAUGACCACGUUUGAACCUGGGGAAAUCUCUUUUGGAGGUGUUGGUGGAUUAUCUGAGCAAAUUAGAGAAUUGCGUGAGGUUAUAGAGUUACCUUUGAAAAACCCAGAGUUAUUCCUUAGAGUGGGUAUCAAGCCUCCAAAGGGUGUUUUAUUGUAUGGUCCUCCUGGUACGGGUAAGACCUUGUUGGCCAAGGCAGUAGCAGCGACCAUUGGGGCCAAUUUCAUUUUUUCCCCUGCCUCUGCUAUUGUUGACAAGUAUAUUGGUGAGUCUGCCAGGUUAAUCAGGGAAAUGUUCAGUUAUGCCAAGGAGCAUGAACCAUGUAUCAUCUUCAUGGAUGAAGUUGACGCCAUUGGUGGAAGGAGGUUCUCUGAGGGUACUUCUGCUGAUAGAGAGAUUCAGCGUACUCUGAUGGAAUUGCUGAACCAGAUGGACGGUUUCGAUUACCUGGGACAAACCAAAGUCAUUAUGGCAACAAACAGACCUGAUACAUUAGAUCCUGCUCUAUUACGUGCCGGAAGAUUGGAUAGAAAGAUAGAAAUUCCUUUGCCCAACGAAAGUGGUAGGUUAGAGGUUUUCAAGAUUCACACAGCAAAUGUCAAGAAACAUGGAGAGUUUGACUUCGAAGCUGUAGUCAAGAUGUCAGAUGGUUUCAACGGUGCUGAUAUCCGUAAUGUGGUUACUGAAGCAGGUUUUUUUGCUAUCCGAGAAGAUCGUGAUUACAUCCAACAGAAUGAUUUAUUGAAGGCCGUGAGAAAAGUAGUAGAGACCAAGAAGCUGGAAGGAAAGCUUGAGUACGAGAAGCUGUAA